CCAUCUUCCUUUAUAUUGCACAAUCUUAACACUCCAUGUAUUAUCCAAAACAAAAGAAAGGCACUAAACUAGAACUAACCCAAAGACGCAUCUUGGUCUCCUCUUCAGCUUAAACUCUUCACAGAUAACAAACCAUGGCGGUCCGAUCGACAGGUACUCACUUGAAAAGCAUGGUGCAAAGGCUAAGAACUUACACUACGGCGACUACACCAAAAUCCAAAGCAUACUCUCCGGCGGCAGAGUACGGUGGUCAGAGACCAGCAACCAAUACAACUACAGCUACAAAAGCUGAUUUCACGCCGGUAUAUGUCUCCAUAGGGAUGAUUUCAUUGUCAGUAUCGUUCGGCCUCUACACAGCGUAUCUUCAUCUCCACGAGAACCCAAGCGUGCGUGUCAACAAGAAGACGAGAGAGACCGUUCCUGAGGUUGAGGACCCGGAUAGAGUUAUCAAUGAAGCGGACAGGUUUGCGAAUAGAUCGUGGUUUAGGAAACUUGCUCAUGUUCAAGAGUUUGACAAACAUGAUGUCAUUCCUGACCCGAUCAGGAAAGACCAGUUCGCUCAUAAACCUCGUGCCGUGACGCUCAAGGAUGUUGGCGUUGAUCCCAAAACGUCGGCUGCUGCUGCUACUGCUCAUUGAAAAGUUAAUUCGCGUGUUCACGUCUGAAUAAAACAUCUACUAUCGAGAGUUUUUUUUUCGAAUUGGGUGUAUUGACGUUUUAUCAAUGUCACAUUAAUGUAAUCAAAACAUCUGGAGUGCUACGUUUUGUGUUGUUUGACAGUCUUGUAAAUACCUAAUAAAACUUUAUCUUCUACGGACC